GUGAGUGUGGAAGCAUUGUCCUAACUACCAGUCAAUCCUUACCUCGUUUUAGAAGAGUAAGGAAAUUAGGAAAGUAGUUCCUUCUUUUGUGACUUCUUCACAUUCUAUUUCUUCACCUUCAAUUCUACCUACUAAUUAAACUCUACUCUCCACAUUCUAUAUAUUUGUGAGUUUGAGAAAUAUAGACAGAAAAAAUGAAAAUGGGAGGGAUUAUUUUUGGUCUUGUGGUAGUGGUUGUGGCUUUGAGCAUGAAUGUGGCAGCAAGUGAAGUGCAUCAUGUAGUUGGAGGAGAUCAUGGAUGGGAUCCAAACUCAGACAUCUUAUCUUGGUCUUCUGGCAAGGUCUUUAGGGUUGGAGACAAAAUCUGGUUUGCAUACUCUGUAGCACAAGGAUUAAUUGCUGAGCUAAAAAGCAGAGAAGAAUAUGAAUCUUGCAAUAUGAGCAACCCUAUAAUGAUGUACACUGAAGGUUUGCAUACAAUCCCACUUGAGAGGGAAGGAAUCAGAUACUUUGUGAGUAGUAAUUCUGAGAAUUGCAAGAAUGGUCUUAAGCUUCAUGUUGAGGUUCAGCCUAAGGACUCACCUUCAAGGGCCUUACCCAACACUCAAAAUGUUGUUGCUGCUGAGCCAACUAGUCCUUCUGGUUCGGCACAUUAUGGUCACAGUGUAAUUCUUUCAAUAUUGUUAUUUGUCAUUGUGGUCAUUGCUUAUUGAUAUAAGCUUAAGUUUAAGGAGAAUAAUUAGUUACUUUCUAUGUACUAUGACAUAUUUGAAGACAAAAUAUUGAUGAGUUUUCUUUAGAUAAGUUAUUGUGACUUGUAAGCAUAUAUCUAAGUGUAGAUUUGGAUAGAAUUCAGAUGGCCAGUUUGUGUUGUGUUCAUUGACAUUGUGAAGUAUUUGGCUUUUGGGCACUUCACUUCACCCUCAGACAUCAGAAAGAAUAAAACAAAUAUCAAUGUUUGGAAUUUGGGACA